AUGAGUGCAGAUUUGAAUAAAUUGGAAGGUCUUGUUGGUCGUCUAGAAAUGGCCGUUCAACGUCAAGAAGCAUUGUAUAAUAAGCCAGGAUUGUCUCCAAAACCAACUUCUAUCCCUCCUCCUGCUGGUGGAAAUGGUUCAAUUCCUCCUUCAAUUAAAGCUUAUGAUGAUUCAGUAAAUAAUGCUUUAAAGGCUUUUGUGGCUGUCUCAAAGAAAAUUGGUGGACCUAUUGGACAAAUGGCAGAUAAAGUUUCCGUUGCUUUCGAUUCCCAACGCCGUGCAAUUUGGGAAGGUAUUGGCCGUCCAGAGCCAAAUGAUAACCAAAAACAGCAAUUGCUUCAACCAGUUGUUGAACAAGUUGGAAUUGUUUGUGCAUUUAAAGAACAAAAUAAAACAAAUAAAUCUGUAUUCAAUCAUUUGGCUGCUGUUUCUGAAGGUCUUUCGGCACUUGGAUGGUUGGGAGUUGUUAAGUUUUUAUUUUUUACUCACAUUUUUAAAUCAAAAUUCUUUAAUGAUAAUUAUGUAUAAUUUUUGAUAAUUUAUUUUUGGGUUUUAAUUCUUCAAUUUUCUGGUAUAUAGUUGGACCUUGAGUAAAUACACCCUUGGUAUUGAAAUAUCUUAUAAUGAAUUGGAUUUUAAAUAUGAGGUAAGGAA